CAGGAGAUAGACUGCAUAGUACCGGAAAUGUACUUAAAAAAUAAAAUGUUCAUGAUUUUUCAAAACAGAGCAAUGCGUAUUUAAAAAACAUAAGUUUCAUUAUUAAAGCCUGCGACCGGAAGUGUUGUUGUUUAUUGUCACUGACUCGACAUUUUAUGUUCAACAUGCCUCCAUGCAGACUCUUCUCUGUCAUUAGCUAGAAGCAUCUGGAUUUUACGUGGAACUCCUGCGUUUUCAGGUUAGCAGCACGCUAGCGGGCCGUUGUCAGCCAGGACCCAGAAAAGCAGCAUCAUCAUCAAUGGUGUGUCUACAUCCCGGAGCCGUCACAAUUUCCUGUGUCCGCUCAAUGAACCAUCUCCUCAGCUCUCAUCACAGCUGCACAUGUAUGGCGUUUGCGAGGCUCGGAGGGGAGUUUUGCCAAGCCCAGCACCUACUGCUUAUUGUGGACAAGUGAACAGGAGAUACCAGCUAGGAGCAAACACUGCGAUUGACGUGUACAGAUCCUUACUGCCAUCCUGUUCAACCCAUAUGAAGACAAGCCAACGUUCAGCCUGUCACCUGUCCUGGGGCGUAGGAGAACCUUUAGUUUUAUCCCAGGAUUUACUCACAGCUCUUCUCCUUGCCUGUGUUUCCUUUCUUCUUCUACUCUGAUUUGUACAAGUCUUCUCUGAAUGGGCUAGCAAAUUUGCAAAAAAAGAAGGACAGGUUUUUUUUUUUUUUCUGUCUUCAUUUUUUUUGCGUCUUUUUUUUUUCCUGGACUUUGGGCGUCCCUUCUGCAGUCUUUUUGAUCCCAAAUGUGCUAGAGUUUAAUUGAUUUUAACCAAGCCAAUUUAAUUUUUUUCUUCUUUGCCAAGAAAAUAAAUUAUAAAUAAAUAAAUAUUAACAGUCAUUGCACAUAAAUCAUACAGAUUAGUUAGGGAAAUUAAUUGAAGUGAUUUUUAUUUUAGCAAAAACAAUUUUUAUUUUUCCUUUUUUAUUUUAAACAAUCAAAAUCCUUUCACGUUGAUUCCUUUGGAGAGACUUCUGUUGUUGUUACUAUCAUUUGGAGCACAACAUAUUUUGGAUCUUUUUUCCUAUUCUGAUAAACCUUUGAGGGUCUAAAAAUGAACCGACCAGCUCCAGUGGAGAUCUCUUAUGACUGCUUGAGAUUCCUCAUUACACACAACCCCACCAAUGCACAGCUGGGAAGGUUUAUAGAGGAUCUGAAGGCAUAUGGAGUAAACACCCUGGUGAGAGUGUGUGCUGCUACAUAUGACAAGACACCAGUGGAACAAGAAAGUAUACAAGUCCUAGAUUGGCCAUUUGACGAUGGCUCUGCCCCCCCAGAACAGGUGGUCGAUGAUUGGCUGGCCCUGCUGCAGACAAAAUUCCGAGAGGAGCCUGGCAGCUGUGUGGCUGUGCACUGUGUUGCCGGAUUAGGACGAGCUCCUGUGUUGGUGGCCCUGGCUCUAAUUGAGUGUGGGAUGGAAUAUGAAGAUGCCGUGCACUUCAUAAGACUGAAGCGUCGUGGAGCGUUCAACUCCAAGCAGCUGCUGUACCUGGAAAACUACAAACCUAAGCUGUGUCUGCGCACCAAAGAUGCCAACGGACAGAGCUGCUCCAUACAGUAGGAAUCUCCAACCCAUACAUCUUCACUGCAGCUUCAUAGGAGACUUUCACCUUUGGCUGUUAAAUGGAAAGUUAACAUGUUAUGUCAAAUUUCUGAAAGUCUUCUAAAAGAUGUACAGACAUCUCAUUUUACAUCAUAAAUGAGCUCAAAGUGGAGUUGUUAAAUUUAUUUUGUUGUUUCUGCUCUAUGGUCUGUGACCUCACCUGAAUAUGUAGCAACCAUACACACAUACUUAGCCCAUUAAAGGGAAACCCCACAGUCAAGUAGAAUUCAUUUCAACUGUCGUCACUGUGAAUUCAAGCUUGUUUGGUUAUAAAAGUUAAAAACAUUUAUUCCAAAGGUUACUUUCUCAAUUCACUGUUACAUGUGCAGCUACAAUAAAUGCUAAUAACAGACUUGAUUUGAUUUAAAUGUACUUGGAUACAUCACUUCAGAAUACACAAUUUAGUGCAAUAUAGUUCAUGAUAGAGCGGCAGCAUACAGUAUGUGAUAUUAGUCUUCCUGCUAACAAUUUAGCAUAGUUGAUAUUGAGUUGAAUUGAGGUAUUUGCGUGACAACAGUUGAGAAUGUACUGUUGUCUGAUAGGCUCCAUGCACACACAGGAACAUUUACUAUUUAAGAAGGUAAAUAAAUAAGAUAGCAUUUAUUGAAGUAGGAGUGAGCUUUUAGUGAUACAAUGUUGGUGCCCUGGGUUUUCGUCGCUGUUAAACAUGUAAUAAUGGGGCAAUCUCCUGUGUGGAGCCAACAUGGCUGCCGUUGAAUCCAGUCGCCAUAGUUCCUUGUCUAUUCCCGGAUCUGUACCUACUUAGCUCACUGGUCAGCUGCUGUGUUUGUAAGAUGCUGUUGGGUUUUUUGUGAUGUUAUAAUUUUUCUAUAGGUUUUCUUUCCCUGUGCCCUACCUAUUUGUACUUGUUUAUUUAUUGAUUCCACAGUGUUUCUUUGUGAAAUGUCUGUCUGCUAGGAAAACACAUCUAGUGGUCUUGUUGGAAAAUUAAAGUGUUUAGUAAUGUAA